AUGGCGGCGGGAGCGCCUCCACCUCCACCGCCGAGGAGGAAAAGAGGCUCCAGAGGAGGCGGGAGCGCGGCGGAGGCAGCUCAUCAGGCGACGGGGAGCGGCUCGAGCACGGCGGUGUGGCUGUGGGAGACGGAGGGAAGGGAAAGGAGAGCCCACGAGAGACAGAGAGAGAUGUGCUCAGGAGUCAGGAUGGCUUACAAGAUAAGGAUGAUAGGGCGGUUUUAUGAUUUGGUCCCUUACUUUUUUUCAAGGCAUCGCACCAUCAUGAAUAUUUUUGACAAAACCCCUCAUGUUCAUAAAGACGCAUUUGUUGCUCCAAGUGCAUCCCUUAUUGGUGAUGUUCAAGUUGGGCCAGGAGCUUCCAUUUGGUAUGGGUGUGUCUUAAGAGGGGAUGCAAACAACAUACAAAUUGGAUCUGGGACCAAUAUACAAGACAAUUCUCUUGUGCAUGUGGCUAAAUCUAAUCUAAGUGGGAAAGUCUUUCCAACAAUCAUUGGCAAUAACGUCACAGUAGGUCAUAGUGCUGUGUUACAAGGAUGCACGGUUGAGGAUGAGGCUUUUGUUGGCAUGGGGGCAACCCUAUUAGAUGGUGUUGUUGUUGAAAAGCACGGGAUGGUAGCUGCUGGAGCCCUCGUACGGCAGAAUACUAGGAUCCCUUGUGGAGAGGUAUGGGGAGGGAACCCCGCCAAAUUUCUGAGGAAGCUCACAGAUGACGAGAUCGCUUUUAUUGCGGAAUCAGCUGCCAACUAUUCCAGUCUGUCCAAGGCACAUGCUGAUGAGAAUGCCAAGCCUCUUGAAAAGAUUGAGUUUGAGAAGGUGUUGCGCAAGAAGUUUGCUCACCAGGAUGAGUACGAUUCCUCGAUUGGCGUCACUCGAGAGGCCCCACCGGAGCUGACAUCCCCAAAUCCAGCCCAAUAA